CAGAAGAAGAUAUCAGAACGCCACAUCUCUGUGAUCAACAUGAUUGACUUACAUGAGGCUGAACUUUACCUGGACUGUGUGGAUCAUCACAUUGAACAGCUAGUAAAUGAAAAUGAAAUCCAUGUCUUCAUCUUUGUCGUGCGACUGGGCCAGUUAACCAAUGAUGAUAAGAUGAGUCUGAAAUGGCUUCAGAGAGUGUUUGGUGACAAAGUUCUUCAAUUUGUGAUGAUUCUCUUCACCUAUGAGAGAGAAAAAGAGUGUAACACUAUAAAAGAUGAUCUGAAGAGAAACCCUGAUCUGGAGAAGCUGCUGGAGAAAUGUGGAGGAAGAUAUCAGACCUGCAACAAGAUGAUGAACAACCAAUCAGAGAUGAGAGACCUGAUGAAGAAGAUUGAGCAUCUGUUUAAUGAGAAUCAACAGCAGCGUUACACUGGAGAGAUGUUUAACACAGCAUCAAUAAGGAAAAAAGAGCUGGAAAGCAGUGAUCAUCAGUGUGGCCACACAUCAAAAAUGGAAUCAAAUGCACACCUGAACUUCAUUUUACUGGGGAAAAAACGAGCUGGGAAGACUGCGUCAAGAAACACAAUACUGGGACAAGAAGUUUUCAUGUCAAAGAAAAGCUCCAAAUCUGUCACUCGAGAUGCAGCUGUGAAAUCUGGGACUGUUAAUGGGUUUCCAGUCACUGUUUAUGACACACCUGGAUUCUAUGACCCAAAGAUGAGUACAGAAAAGAUUCAGAAGAUACUGGAUAAGGUUCUUCUGAAAUGUGAAUCUGGUCCCUGUGCAUUUUUGCUGGUUAUCAAAGCUGAUAGUUUCACUGAAGAAGAGAUAAAAACUGUGGAGAAGAUUGAGAAGCUGCUGGGAGAAAAACACUUGGAAAAAACCUGGAUUCUCUUCACCAGAGGAGACGAACUACAAGAGGAAAACAAGACCAUAAAUGAAUUCAUCAAUGAGACAUCAAAGCACUGAAGAAACUCAUUCAGAAAUAUGAUCAGCGAUACCAUGUGUUCAACAACAAGAUAAAAGGACAUCGUGACCAAGCUCGAUUACUGCUGGUAAAAAUUCUCCAGAGAUCUUUUGGAGUAA